CAAAAUAAAAAUAUUUUGAUCAGAAUUUUAUACGAUUUUGCGUAUUCCACGAUGCUGUAUCCACAUCUGAUCCAUUCUUUGGUGUGAAUAUUACAUUAAUUAUGGUUAAGAAAAAAUUGAAGACAUCUAAAAAGAUCAAAAAACGCGGGUUGAGAGAAGAUGUGAGAGUUCACACGGGUCUACCUCCCCAGGUUGAAGGCCAGUUGAGAUGCUACCUGAAGUUAUCCGUAAAAGAGUUAACAUGGAACAUCCAAACGGCCCCAGAGGACACAUAUGUCAGGGUGUUGUGGUGGGGAGAAGAUGGGGAUGGAUCAUAUUUCAGGCCCCUGUGUGGUAAAAGAGUUGAGAAAUCUCAGUGUGUGACCACUGCUAGAUAUGCUGUCAGGUCUGGUCCUAAGCAGUUUGCAACUUAUCUUACAGACAUGGGUUCAUUGUUGUUAGAAGUCCUAGAUGGGGCCAAAUCACCCGUUGGUAGAGCACAUGUUGAUGAAAUAUCCUUGUUGUCCCCUACAAGGACCAUUAGUGGUGCAUAUCCCGUGUUUGCCCCAUCUGGUGAAAAACUUGCAGAGUUACAAGUUUCAGUUGGAUUAGAGUCAGUAAUGAGUUCUUAUGACAGCUCGGGGUCUAUACCUACCACUGAUAUGAGUAUAGGCCUGACACAGAGUGAUUCUGAUAACCCAGACUCAAGGUCCCUCCAGAGUUUGAGGUCCCAUCAGGAUUUAGGGUCCACUUCAAGUAGGACAUGGGGACCCAAGUCAGGACCAAGUUCAUCAACUGAUGCCCCAAUGAAGACCUACAGAUUGUCUCAAGAAAGGGGCACAGAGGGAUCAAUUACAUCAAGAGGACUGGGAUCAUCCAGAAGUACUCCAACAGAAGACUCUUCCAGAAGUACACCAAGGGGAGUGGAUGAUCAGCUGUUCUCAAGGAAGUUGACCAAUGAACCACCAGUUAGAGAACAGCCCAGUCAGGACCUAGACAUAUCACGGCCAAUGUCCAUGUUGCUGAGUGAUUGUCUCUCUACACCAGAAAAGACACGUCAUCUUGUCAGUCAUACUAAUACACAGCCAGGUCUUGAUAUAACCACACGCACUGUUACAACUAACGCUACAGAUUCAAUGUCUGAUGUGGACAAAAGCAUGCAAACUAAAUUCAGAGAUGACAAAAAGGACACAACAACAGCAAGUAACAACCAACAAGAUCUGAUUGCGACACUUUUGAAUCGAGGGACUGAAUUAAGAUCAAAAAUGUUAAAAUCAGCUAUUAAUUCUGAAUUAGAGGUUGGGGAGCCUGUUUCUAGGCAACAAACCAUGACAACAGAGGUCUGUUCAACAAAUGCAAAAACAGGACAAAGGGGAUCAGCUGGAAACUUGUUCAAGGAGAUCCUAGGAGACAAAGGACAUAUGCCUGAUGUAGCAUCAGCUGACCUGGACAGUCGAACUAUUGACCUUGUCAUUGGAGACAAUAUACCAGCUCAUGAUUUCACAGAGUUUGCUCUUCACGAAGACUUGGAUAGUUUGCCAGAGAGUAUAUCUGGAGGAGAUGACGUCACAAGUGACCUUGGGGACCCCAUACAUGACGAUAGUCUGCUAGAAGAUCUCUUCUAUGCUCAAAGUGAAAGUGAUAAAAACAGUGGGGAUGAGACUCAUCGUAAGAAAAUUACUCCAAGGACAGCUGAGCAGGACCUGCCACCUAUUGUGAGAUCUGCGAGCCAAGUGUCACUCGAGGAUCCUGGGAACAUGAGACCCCCAUCACGUAAAUCAAGUCUGGGCACUAUUACCCCUCCCACACAUGAUUACCCCCCACCAUCGCACGAUCAGCCCCCAUCAACAAACCAACAACAGUCGCAAUCACAACAAAAGAAAUCUGGUAAAUCUAAACGCAAGAAGAGAUCUUCAAAUAAAUCACGUCAGUCUACGAUGUCAAGUGAUGAUGAUGUCAUGUCCCAGGGUUCAAGGGUGUCAUUUGAUAUGACAUCAGAUAUCGAAGAGAGUGAAAAUAAAGAAAAUGAUGUACACAUUGAUGUGGUAGAUGGUCUUAGUGUUGAACGUCUCACCCUCCUAGGCAGGGUUCAUGUUGGAAGGGUCCAUAUUGAUUUUCUUCAUCUCCUACAAGUGCCAAAUCUAACCCUGCCAGGAGGAAAGCCAACCAAAGCAAAGCUAAAAGGAAAGCCACCAAGACCCUCUCCUAAACUAAGCACUAAAACAUGUACAUAUUUUGUUGAAUACCAGUUCCCAGUUGUUGCCACAUCAAGAGAUAAAUACACCCCUAACACCAUGGCAACAGAGGUGAUGAGAGUUGUUUCUAAGAAAGUUAAUGAAAAUGAAAUUGGCUUCAAUCACAGAUCAGUAUUCCCAGUGAUGUUCAAUGCAGCAAGUAUAGAGAAAUGGUGGACAUCAGUUCUUGUGUUCAAGAUAUUUGCAAGGCCCAGAGGACAGAAAACUCCAUCUUUGAUUGGAUCGUGUUUCAUGUCUCUAAAGUCCGUUCUAAAGGCAGAAACCCUUCACUUGGAGAAAGACCUUGAAGUCAAGGUCAGGCUACAGGGGUCAAGCUCAAGGUCACGCAAUAGUAGCAGUAGUAGUAAUGGAGCCUCUAAGGACAUUAUUGGAUGUCUCAAGGUUAACAUAGAACUAGCUUCAGAUAGCAAGGACUUCAGUACUCAGUUAGCAAGGACGAGAGUUGCAGAGAUGAGGGAUCCUAAAUUGGUCCCUAUCUUACCUUGUAGAAAAGAACUACCCGAGUUCCAGGCAGGCCCACAACCCUUCAAUUUGCAAUCAAUCAAUACAGAAACACAGACAUCCUCUCUAUCGAGUCAAACUACACAGACUGAUAUCAGACAUGUUGAAAUCAGUCAUGCAUCAGAGGGAGUUACUGGUCUUCAUAAGCAGACAACUCAUUUCUCAAGUGAGGAAGAUGCCAUGACACUGCAUACAAUAUUGAUAAUCCCUGAGGGAAGAGGGAUCACAUUACAAGGCAGACCACCCGUCAAUACAGGCCAUUCCCUAUCUACACCUCCACAGCCAUAUAAUGGAAUGCAUGGUGGGCGUAACACCAGGAAUCUGUAUGUUGUAUGUCGGAUGUUCUGGUGUCAAGAUGCUAUAUCUUCCAACAUAUGCUGGGGCACAACAGAACCAACCUUCAACUUCAUGCAGGUGGCGCCAGUGCAAAUAACUCGCCCUCUAUUGGACAGAAUGCGCAACAACUUCAUGGUGAUUGAGAUUUGGGACAAGAAAACUACAGGACAGAAUGAUGAACUUGUUGGGAUUACAAAACUUUCUUUGCAUCAAUUCUACAUGUCAUUCAGAGAAGAGAAAAUUGCCAAGUCUCUACUAAGAUCUCAGUACCCAGUUGUGGCUGCAGACAAUUACUUUCCGGUAAUGAGUCCUUUCAAUGGUGCCCAAUAUGGUCAGCUCCGAGUCCUUCUUGCAAUGGGAUCUGAGGCUCAAGUGGGAAAUUUAGAACAGAUGAAGGUACCUGAUGGUGUAUUGUCCUUGGAUAAGAGGCCUCUUCAACCACAAGGAUACUUUGAGAGACAAGAUCUAAGAAAAGAAUCCGAUACAUCUCCAGUUGUGGCCAAUCCUCUAGCAGGACAAACAGAACAUGUGUUUGAAGUGGACAUUACAGGCUUGAGGGGACUUGAUCUGUUUGACUCAAUGGUGUGGGGAGAAGCUGAUGUCUUUGUACAGUAUCACUUUCCUACACAGUGUAAAGACCAAGGCAGUCUGCAUUCAGCUGGUCUGAGUCUGAAGCCUUACAGGACAUCUACUACUCUUUGUAUGCCUGACCCCACAUUCCAUGAUGUUACCAGGCACAAGAUUGUACUAGCAGAUGGCACACCCGUACAGAGGGAGAUUCUAACAGCAUGUUCUGGGGCAGGUGGAGGUAGUGGUGGUAUUGUAUUUGAAGUUUGGUGCAGAUUCUAUCAUCCUAACAUACGAGACCAGCUCAUAGCUCGUACCACUCUCCCAUUGGCUAAACUCUGUGCUAUGGUAACUAUGCAGAAACGGGGUGAAGCCACCGUCCAAACCUACGCUCUCCCUCUGCAAGCAGCUUUCGAUGAUGACGAUGCUGAAAAAAUUGCUAAAAGUUCAGGUUCAGGACUUUUAGACAUUAGCAUAAACUACAAAACAAAUACUGUCAUACCAGCAUCAGUUGGGGCUCAACCAUCAGCACCAUCUAUUGCCACAAUGGGGAACCAACAAGUGUGUUUAACAAUUGGGGUUCUUCGUGCAUCAGGACUGAAAACAGCUGGUGAAAAAGUUGCUAGAUUAGACAGUGGAAUGCAGUAUGCAUCUGAAGUAGGGCUUAACCCAUUUGUUAAAAUAAACCUGUCAUUCUUAACCAAAACAGAUGAGAGGACUACCAGAACUGUUGCUAGGACUUUUACCCCUGAGUUUCUACAAGAGAUGGACUUUCCGUGCCCCCUUAUUUGGACUGAUACGGAUUCAGAUGCUUUGAGUCUUGCUGAAAUACUUGAAACUGGAGAAGUUACAUUAGAUGUGUGGCAUCAAGUGCCAUCUCUUGGACCUGAUUACAUAAUGGAAGAGGGAGGUAGCUCAGUCACUGGAAGAGCAGUGGUAACAAAAACUUCAGAUGUCCAUCUUGGAAAAUGCAGAGUUAGUUUAAAGCAAGUGUUGGCUUCUAAGACAGGAAUAUCAGGAUGGUUUCCUAUUGAAGCAACAUCUAGUGGUUGGAAAAAUAACCAAGAUGCAGACGGCAUUUUACUCACCAGAGGUCUCCACCGUAUUGUGGGAGGAUUAGAACUGUCAAUCAAGUUUCCACAUAUGCAAGAUCGUGACCGGGUAAUAAACGCUGCCCGCCAUGUUGGAUGGUCUCCUGAAGAUGUAUCUCUUGGAGAAUUUGAAGAUGAUGCUGAUAGUGAGAGAUCGUGUAAGUUGACUGUCUCAAUAGACACCCUUGGGUUCCCUGUAAAGAAUGGCCUCAGAUUAGAUCAGAAGCAAUUGGACAAAGAUACUAAAUGUUACAUCCGAUAUAAGAUUUAUGAUAGAGGCGCUGUGUGUUCUAGACCCUGUGAUGUCACAAUAGAAGGAGAUUUUGUUACAUGUACAAUGGGAUAUCACAAGACCUUUCAUCUGAAUCACACUGAGCCAUUAUCUUGGUAUUUGCGAGAGGAGCGUUUAGAAGUUCAAAUCUGGUUGGCAACCAAUGGAAAAAGAGAUAAGAAAAUAAUACGUCCAAGAAAUCGUGAUAAGCUGAUUGGAUCGGCUUAUAUGAAUAUGUCAUCUCUUUCUGAUAAAAGAUGGCGUAAGAAACACAGAAUUAGUGGUGUGUAUCCUCUGUUCAAGAGUGGGUGCCCGAGUCUAGGUGGCGCAUAUGUACAGGCCCAUGUGACCCUUACUCCAUCUAUUGGUGAACAUGAUGAAGCAGACACACUCAGUUCAGAGGCUUCUGAAGAAGACCCCAUAUACCCACUGCAGCGCAAUACAGACCCCUCAUACCAACCAGAACACUUGCCAACCUCCAAACCCAAUCCAACCAAAGACUGCUCUGAGGAAGGAGCUGGUGUUGACUUGGAGGUACUGGAAAAGGGGUUCAAGGCAAAGGUGUUAGUAGAGAGGGCCAUGCAUUUACCAAGUGCUCCAAGCAAGCAAAGUGAUUCAUUGGAACAGCCAAGCACAUAUGUAACAUAUGAUACACUAUAG